GACCAACGUUGGCGCCGGCUAGCCGGAAGAGCCAAGGAAAGCCGUCCGCAGCCAGCAGCCAUCAGCCAUGCCAUCUUCAAAAGAGUGGUUGAGUUGCGUCGCGGGGAUGUGUUGUGAUGUUCAGUGAACGUUGUUCACAGCGCCUGAGCUGACAGCUCGCAGCACCAGGCGAAGACUCCCUUGGUGGCAGACUUGAAUGUUGCGGUUGCAGGAGAGGAGCCUAGUAACAGCCGACAAGAUGGUUCCGCCCGUCGGUGAAUCCGACGCCGCAGCGCCGAGUCCCGUGCCCGUACGGACACAUCGGUUUCGCGACUACCUAUCAGUGGCGAUUCUAUUCUACAUUAACCUCAUUAACUACAUGGACAGAUAUACAAUUGCAGGGGUGCUGGAUGGCGUGAUAACGCACUAUAGCCUCAGCCACUCCAUGGGCGGGCUUCUCCAGACAGUGUUUGUGGUGACAUACAUGGUGGCGGCACCCGUGUUUGGUUACCUGGGCGACCGGUACAGCAGACGCAUCAUCAUGGCCUUGGGGGUGGCGUUUUGGAGUGCCACCACACUGCUAGGGUCCCUGCCACCCCAGCAAUUUGGGUGGUUUGCAGUGCUGCGUGCCCUGGUGGGCGUUGGGGAGGCCAGCUACUCCACAGUGGCCCCCACGGUGAUUGGGGACCUCUUUGCGGGCCCCAUGAGGACCAGGAUGCUGGCAGUCUUCUACUUUGCCAUCCCUGUGGGCAGUGGCCUGGGCUACAUCGUGGGCUCUUCCGUGGCUUCUGCCAUGGGUGCCUGGUACUGGGCACUGAGGGUGACCCCUGCACUGGGGCUGGUGGCGGUGCUGCUCAUUCUGUUUGUGCUGCGCGAGCCCCUAAGGGGGGCCAGCGAUGGGGGCUCGAACCUGGGGCCGUCGUUGCUGCGUCACGACCUGUACUCGCUUGCACGCAAUCGUUCGUACAUCUGGUCGACGUUAGGCUUCACCUGCGUGACCUUUGCCACGGGUGCCAUGUCGUGGUGGGCGCCCACUUACAUGGUGAAUGCCAUCAACCUCUACCUGACGACCGGCACGGCCGACGAAAGGAAGGUGAACACCAUCUUCGGGGGCAUCACGACGCUGGCGGGCAUAGUGGGUGUCACGGUGGGCAGUACCCUGUCGGCGCGGCUGCGCAGGCGCUCGGUGAAGGCGGACGCCCUCAUCUGUGCUGGGGGCAUGGUGACCAGCGUGCCGCUGCUCUUUCUCGGCUCCGUCUUCGCCUACAAGGUGCCAGACGUCACCUGGGUGCUGUUCUUCUUUGGCAUCACCUCUAUUUGCCUGAACUGGUCCAUCGUGGCUGACAUUCUACUGUACACGGUGGUGCCCACGCGACGGGCGACGGGAGCGGCCUUCCAGAUCCUGUGCUCCCACCUGCUUGGGGAUGCAUCCAGCCCAUACAUCGUUGGCUUGCUGUACGACGCCAUCUUGGCGGGCCGCAAGGACGAUUCCUCUCUGCUGUUCAGCCUCCAGUACGCCCUAUACGUCCCCAUCUGCGUUCUGGUGCUGGGCAGCCUCUUCUUCUUCAUCCUCUCAUGGUACAUUGAGGCCGACCGCAACACCUGUGCCCAGGAAACACACGAUUUGAUAUUUGGGUCGUCGUCCCAUGAUGGUGGUGCUGACGAUUGCUCCUGCGUGGUUCCCCUGCUUGGUGGCAGAGUGUUGAGAAGAAAAGAGCGCUUGCAUUAGGGACAUUGCAUAGGGUGCCAGUGUUGUGCUCUCUUGCUUGACUCAGUGCCGUUGCAUGCGGGUUUGUUUUAAAGCAGUAGCCUCAUAGGCCCAACCACACUCAAGGUCAUGUCCUCUUGGUCACAUACUGCCCGUGGCUGAAGUACAAGGCUGUGUAAUUAAGGUUACGUAAUGUCCGUGGCUGAAUGCAAGGUCACGUAAGCACUGGUUGCCUAGGCAACAUUCGCGUAAGCAGCGGUUGCAUAUGCUUGUAAGUGCCGAAAGCUGACCUGACCUGACGUCCUUGAUGUCGCCCUAGAGGCCGUUUUAGACGUCAUCCUCGACGUCAUCUUUGAGGUCGUUCCUGACGUUGUCCUCUAGGGCAUCAUCCUCGACGUUGGCCUAGAUGCCGUCCUUGGCGUCAUCCUAAACGUUGUUCUUGAGGUUGUGUUUCACGUGAUCCUGAGCAUCAUCCUAGAGGUUGUCCUAGAUGUCGUUCUUGAUGUCAUCCUCUAGGACAUCGUCCUGGAUGUGUGUAUGGCAUAUUACAACCAUUUCAUCAUUGUACCAUUUCCUUUCCUAAUUGUUUUCACUAACGGUGUUUCUGUAAAGCUACUGCACUUCAUCGCGUUUGUUGGAAUGAUUGUGCGUGUAAUUUUUGUUUCCAAUGCCAUUGGAGAUUUAGAAUCAUCCAGUCGCAGCAAACUGUUUUGUCCAGCACAGUUUUUCCAUCAUAUAUACUCAAAAGAUAGCUCAUCCCCCCAUGGAGGGAUGGGCUCUGGCGCUCAACCCAAGAAUCCCGGAAAACUUUUUAGUCGGUUUGUUGCUCACUCAGGCACACAUUAGCUUCUAGGCCUGUGUCAAUAAUGAACUUUGAGUUCGAAGCAAAUUUAAAGCAAAUAGUGGUUUUGGCCGAAUAUUUUCAAAUCGAAUAUACUGCACCAUGCUGGAAUGAAAACCGAGCUGAACUUGUGAACUGUUGUUUCAAGGCUUUUACUUGUUCAUUUCUAACCUAAGUUCAUUUCAAUCUAGGUAUAUUUACCAGCUGUGGCCCCAAACUCUCAUGCCUACAUGGAAAUUUGGGGCCACAGUCUAUUGGUGAGAAAUGGCAAGUAAACAACACAUUUGACAUAAAAUUAAACCUAUAGAGAUGCCCAGCUGUACCUAAUCGAGGGGAUUAAUAAAUAUGCUUGCUUUAUGCAAAUAUUUUUUUUUUUUCGGUCACAAAAGUAGCUAGUUUAAUUUGGAAAACUUUACUGCAGUGUAGAUAUCAACAUUCACAAAGUUUCCUUUUCUUUUUAAAUACACCAGAUAUGCACGUGCACCAUCUCACUUUGAAAGCGUGCUUUCCUCCUUAGGAAGUGCCUAAAAUAUUUGUACUUUUCGAACUGUUGAUUGCGGCUUUUAGUCCCGUUGAGAGUGCUUCUUACCAAGCACUGGUGCACUGCGGAGAAGCAAUACCUGCUGAAGCCAGAGCAUAUAUAAAGACAGUUUGGCCAUUCAUUGGGAAGUGUAGGAGGCAAAUGAGGAGGCGGCGUUGGCCGAGGGCCAGUUGGGCGCGUUCCGGGCGCUUUCACAGAUUCGAAUGUGGCCAGCCAGAAGCCGCGAAUAAUACCCUGGCGGUGGCCGCAAGAAACAAACUUAAUAAGUCUGUCAGAGUAACUCUUGGUGACUGAAAAUAUGGUGCACAUGAUUUUUAGAUCACGGUCAUGCAAAAUCAAAUUCUGGGAAAAUGACUGACGUGAUCUCUACGCCAGGUGCUGAGAGUCGGGAAAAUGCCGUUUGUGCGGUCAGACUCCAACCAAGCAGAACAAAGUUUGAGAGGCCCAUUCGAUUCUUACAUCUUUUCGCAUGAUCAUAAUUGAAACAUCACAUGCACUGUAUUUUCAACCAUGAAGAGUUACUCCAUUUAACUCUUAUGCACUUAUUAAAAGUGUUUCUCGCUACCACCUCUAGCGGACUAUUUUCGCCAUCUGGUUGACCAAGAGAGCACAGCAAACCUUCUAUCUUUGUCUUGUGCACGCCCUGGCUCUACCUGGUCCUCCCAUCGACCAAACUCUAUAUACGGCUCUGGCUGAAGCGAGCUCUGCGAGUGCUGGUUCUCUGCAGUGCACCGGUGCUCAGUAAGAAACGCACUUAAUGGGGCUAACCUACUGUGAUCAACACAUUUCAAUAUUGCAGUUUGCCCCAAAGCAAAUAAUGAAUUGCGUAUUAUUCGAAAAUUGGAAUAUUCGCACAACCCUAUUGCCUAGCUGCCAUAAGCCACAUUGCUAACAGAAUUUUAUUUGGAACAAAUUAAAGAUUGUUGUUCAUCACUACAUCUUCUAAAUCAUUGAGGCAGUCGCCACUAACAAAACUCAGACAUAGAUUGGGGAGUACUACAUUGCAGAAUCUCUUAGGACUUGGUUGAUGUGACUGCUAGGUGUAGUCUCUUUUGCUCUUUUUGAAGAGCAGAAAAAUAGGUUGAAAACUCUAUUACGGUAUGUCACCAGCUCGCUCUAUGCAACUCGCCUUUGCAUUGGCCGGGCCUUGUACACGAUUGAAUAGUUUUGCUGUUGCUGCUUCUUAUAUCUCACCCUCUUCCAAGUGAGACUGUUAUGUGCCUGCAUAAUGCGAAUUACAAAUAGCGAGAGUGAUUCGUGCUUUGACCACACCUGGGACCUGUGGGCAUUUGACAUGUAGGUUUGGUACAUACGCUGCUUGUAGGAGUGUUGAAAACUGGGCUAGUUGGUACUGAUUCAUGUUAAUACAGCACACAAAAAACGGCAAAGGAAAACAAACGACAGACAAGGGUUUAUUUUUUUGUUUGUUUUACUUUGUUUUAAAUGCACUGCAUGACUGCAUCUUGUACCACAUAUGCUACUGUGAAAAGUUCGAAAAAUGUUUUCAAUUGCAUCUGAGGGUGUCAGGUUCUGUACGGUAACAAAGAAAGGAAGCUGAGAGUUCCGUCUGAUUUGUUAUAUCGGAGAAAUAUAUUUGCGACUAAUUUUUCUUUUUAUUUCCGAAUCCUUGUAAUGAAAAAAAAAAAAAGAACUUAUUGGCAGAGAAAUAAAAAACAUGUACGUCCACAAUCCGACUUGACAAGGUUGGCACUGGUUUUCGCUGGUGUUAGGCGCUUCCCUGGUUGCAGAAGCCGGUCUCGUUUGGCUCCAUCUGCCUGUAUACAGAUGGUGACCAGUCGACCAGUUGCUGUAAUGGUUUCGCCGCUGCGCUUUUCAGCCAGGCUUGCCGUUCAGUGUUGAUGGGGGGGGACAGGUUGGCAGACUUCUGUGGACGAUAGCUUCACUGGUGUUAUCUGGAGCCAAGCUUUUCCGAAUCCGUCCGCUCUCUGCUCCGAACCUCUUUGUUUUCCCUCCUCCUGCUUUUUCUUCUCUCUCUUUUUUUUAGUAUCCCCCCGAUUUUCUUCCUCUUUUCAUUGCCAUAUUGAUCACAUCAUUACAAUGACCCCC